AUGGGGAUCAUGAAAUGGAUGCAGAGCAGGCUCCAUGGGAAGACAGAGAACAGAACCUUUGACGGCGCGGCCGCCGUCAGUUCAUCUCGCGGUGCUGGAGUCCACGAGAAGCCACAAAUCAAUUAUGAAUCAGAGAAGCAUCUGAGCGCCGAUCAAUGGCCUCAGGCCGGCCUCCUCUCCAUUGGCACGCUCGGCAACGGCGAGCAUCCACCGCCGCAGGAGGAGGACCUGCCGGAGUUCACCGUGGAGGAGGUGAAGAAGCUCCAGGACGCCCUUGCGAGGCUCCUGCGACGGGCCAAGUCCAAGUCCAGCGCCCGCGGCUCCGGCGCCGGCGAGGACAGACCGCCGUUGGACAGGUUCCUCAACUGCCCGUCCUGCCUGGAGGUGGACAGGAGGGUUCAGACGCCGAAGCACGGAGACGGCGAUGGCCAGACUGGCGACCUCUCACCGGACACGAAGAUCAUACUGACCAGGGCCAGGGACCUGCUCGACAACAGCAGUGCCAGCGGCAGCAUCAAGCAGAAGUCAUUCAAAUUCCUGCUCGAGAAGAUGUUUGUCUGCAAUGGUGGCUUCUCCGCGCCGCCUCGGAGCUUGAAGGACCCAAUAGAAUCAAGAAUGGAGAAGUUCUUCCGGACGAUGCUUGGUAAGAAGAUGAAUGCUAGGUCGGACAAUGGCACGGCAUCGUCGAGGAAGAAUUACUUCUUGGAGGACGGAACCAAGGGGAAGAGGCAAGGUGGUCGUCGUUGUGGCCGCGAAGAGGAGAGGGAAGGGAGCUGCAGGUGGGACAGAACAGACUCUGAAUUCAUUGUUUUGGAGAUUUGAAGCGACAUGAACCAGGACUAUGGUGAAAGACAUGUACACGUGAGACCAAUGGCAAUGGGGUGAAGAAUAUGAACAAGUCAUCGGUGACAGUCGAUCAGGGUCCUGGGAAAAAAGCACCCCCCCCCCCCUGCAAGCAAAGACCUUGAGCUGCUUGCAUUCCUGCAAUGGGGGAAAUUAUCAAAUCUCAAAACUCUUUUUUUUUUGAGAUAACAAUCUCCUUUUUUUUUGUCCUAAUGUGGAUAUGUAAAUUCAUUUUGCGCCGCAUAUAGUUGGGCUGGAAGGAUUUUGAAUCAGCUUUUAUAUGGUACAUUGAUGUUUCAUGAGGCCUAGCUCAUGGUACAUAGAUUUUGAGUACAUGUAAUGUGUUAUGAUC